UCUUCAUUAACACAAAAGAAAAUAAAAAAUAUCAAACCUAAUUGUCGUCUUGUCAAAUUUGCGGAGCCCAAAUGGAAUCAAAACGGAGCAAACUCACUCAAUUUUCUUCCACUUCAAUGCAAGAUUCAAGCUUAAAAAUCCCGAUUAAUAUGCCACCCGAACUCAUCACGGAAAUCCUAUUGAGGUUGCCAGUAAAAUCACUCUUACAAUUCAGGGAACAGAUUUCUUUCUCUGGAAUCCGUCAAUUAGGAAAUUCAAGAAAUUACCUGAUCCUAGAGGUUGUUGUUCUUUCAUGUAUGGUUUUGGAUAUGAUGAACUUCAUGACGAUUAUAAAAUAGUGGGUAUCGACCGUUAUUUGGGUCGUGACGGUUUGCAUCAUGUUAAGGCCAAAAAAUUUAGUCUAGAUAAUGAUUCUUGGAUAAGUGUAGAUUAUUUUCAGGAAGGGGUGGUAUUUAUUAGGUCGAAGGGUAUGUUUGUGAAUGGGAAGCUUUAUUGUACUAAUAAUAGUACUUCACAGAGUUUGCGUUCUUAUAAUAGUUGGGGCAUCGUUUCUAUUGAUUUGGCUGAUGAGAAAUGGGAAAAGGUGGAGAAACUCUGCUAUGGAGAAGAAGAUUUUGGUUUUACGUUGUGCUUGGGAGUGUUGGGAAGUGAUCUUUCUCUGUUUUGUAAUAAUUGGAGUGGUCGCGUGUAUGUGUUGGUUAUGAAAGAUAAUGGGGUUAAAGAAUCUUGGACAAGGAUAAUUAACAUCAAUCGUCCUGAUAAUUAUGUAGCGAAUCUGCUUUUUCCAUUCUUUUGCAAGUCAAAUGAAGGUGAAAUUUUGUUGGACUGUGGAUCGUUUUUCACGAUUUACAAUCCGAAGGAUGACUUGAUUAUAUAUCAAAAGGUUAUCAACUGUGAUGCCUUCCACGAGGCAAACAUUUACGUUGAAAGCUUAAUUUGGCCAUAUUCUAAAGAUGGUGCCAGGGAUGCAGCAACAACAAAGGCUCAUAUGAAGAAAAUCAUGUAAUUAAUAAAUAGUAAGAGUUCUUUAUGCAUUUUUCUCAAGUGAUGUUAAAUUCUGUUUCUUGUCUCAAAGACAACAAGACAUUACAUAUUACAUUCAUCUUUGAACAAUAUCUGCUUGGAGA